AUGCCUGCAGAAGCCCCAACGACGUCGUCGAUAGGAGAUACGCGCACCGGCGACUGGAGCUCUGGGAAAGUGAGCAAGAUCAUUCGUCCUGCCGGUCCCAUAAUGGAAGAUCCCGUGACACUAGUCCGAUUGAGCGGCCUCAGCCGACCAGUACGCGUCCUUUCCCGGCGCCAGCCCACCUCAACUGCGACACUGCAAGGUGCCUCGAAGGCUUGCAACUCGCGUGCCAUGGCAUUCCAGGGAGAAGGUGAGCUGUACUCAGCUACCUACAGUAAUGUGCCGGUGUACGAACUCUUGAUUUCAGGAGAUCAUGUCAUGAGACGUAGAUCAGAUGACUGGAUCAACGCGACGCACAUCUUGAAGCUUGCGGGGUACGAUAAGCCGGCGCGCACUCGCAUCCUCGAACGCGAAGUGCAGAAAGGCGUGCAUGAGAAAAUUCAGGGAGGGUACGGCAAAUAUCAAGGUACCUGGGUACCACUCCAAGAGGGUCGCGCUCUAGCCGAGAAAAACCAAAUCAUGCAUCGGCUGGCUAAGAUUUUCGAUUAUGUGCCUGGUGAACGGAGCCCCCCUCCAGCUCCCAAACACGCGACUGCGGCUUCAAGCAAACCCAAAGCACCCAAGGCGUCGCAACCUCGCAAACCCGCGUCCCAGGGUAUGAGUGUCCCAAAAGUUCCAAAGCGACAGCCAGCUCAACACGCUGCAGGUUACUAUCGACCAGCCCACGAGCAGUACGACAAUAUUAGUGCUCAGCUGCAUGACGACGAAACGCCGGAUGACGUGACCCCCGAGUCUGCCUCUUUUCUCGGCGAUGACGAUAUGCUGCCGGUGUCACAAAACUCAGCUGCAUCUCGAAAGCGGAAACGUGGAACAGACCGUAUGGGAUAUUCUGCCGCUGAUUUGGACCACAUCAAUUACGGCGACGAACUUCUCGACUACUUUGUGACGUCCGCAGAAGAUCCAAACGGUGCACAAAUGUAUCCACCAAUCGCACCGGCUUCAUUUCCAAUCGACAAGGCUAUUGACAACCAGGGGAACAAUUCUCUCCACUGGGCGUGUGCAAUGGGCGACGUUCAGCUUGCACGUGAUCUCAUUAGUCGUGGUGCCAACAACGCAAUGCAAAAUGAAUUGUCUGGAGAAACACCGCUGAUCCGGGCGGUGCUGUUUACCAACAACUAUGACAAGCAGACCUUCCCAAAGAUUGUGAAUCUCCUGUCUUCGGCAAUUCUUGAGCGUGACUGGCAUGGAGCGAACGUCUUUCAUCACAUUGCAGAAACAGCUCGAUCCAAGAAUAGAUGGAACUGUGCCCGAUACUACUGUGAGGUUCUGGUGAACAAGUUACUCGAAUCAGGCCCAAACUACAUGCAAGCUGCUUUGACCGCGUCAGACCAGAACCAAGACACGCCUGUGAAUUGUGCCAUCCGCAACGGUUGUAUCAAAGUCGCAUCGUUCCUUCUCAAUCAUUGCCCCGAAGCUGGAGACAUUCCUAACCUGCAAGGACAGACAGCAAACGACCUACUUCGCAACAUGUCACAGAACCAGAAAAGUCUUCAGCAAGCGCCUUCCUCACCUGUGAAAGCAGGAGACUCGUUCAGUCGACGACGCUCAAAGGGGUCAAACAAGGCGAUGGUCUCCCGAGCUGCGACCAACGUCCUGGCAAACAUUCGUCCAAUGAUUGUGCAAGCAAGUAGUCAGUUGGCCGACAUGUACGAAGCGGAGGUGAAAGAAAAGGACAUGAGCAUUGAUGAAGUCAACCAGGCACUGUUAGAUAUUGAGGCACAAAAGCGCACCAUUCAUCAACAAACAACCGCGUUGAAGGACAGGUGUGAAGAUGACUCUAAACUCAACUCCUUGCGUGGACAGUAUGAAACCCUUCUCCGUGAGAACGAGUCACUGCUCGAGCAAAAGGAACACAGCACGCUGCAGAGUGAAGUUCGAUCACAUGAUCAGCAAGCCCCAUCACAGGCGUUCCGAAGCGCUAAUCCGCGACCUUUGACCCAGGAGGACAUCCGAGCAGCUUUACCAUGGGCUAAGGAGCUCAACCGACAGCAAAUAAGGCGAAAAGACAAUGUUCGCAACAUUGCUCGAUUGAUGAGUGAUGCCGGAACUAGCGAGAGGAUCGGCAAGCACCGGAGACUUGUCGCUAUAGCUACAGGGUUGAAAGAAGAAGAGCUGGACGCGAUGUCAGUCGAAUUGUUAGAGUCGCUGGAGGCAACACAGGGGAAUGUGGUCGAGGGUCCGAGGACACCACCAAGAAUCGGCAUGGUGAUGGGAUGA